GUCGGUUCCCAUUGCUGGGGGCCCUGCUGCAGCUGGCCUUAGGCGCCUCGGUCACAGGGCUGGCUUCUUCAUGGCUGGCAUCAGCGCCUCUCUGCUGGCCAGGGACACUCCAUUUGGGCGGGCAUCCUUGUCUGUGGGGUGGCCUUACUGGGUCUAGUGAUGCUUUGUAUUUCUUACCAGCCAGAUGAGAAAACCUGCAUCCAGUUUGUUAUCAAGGUUGCAUACUUUCUGCUGAGUGCUCUGAGUCUGAUUGUCUGUGUUUUGGCAGUGGCUUUUGCUUCCUACCGUUAUUCCCAGAUCACACAGUUCACCUGUGAAGCCAUCCCUGAGAUCUGUCGGUGUAAAUUGGAUACAGUGGAUCCCCUCAGCAGGACCUUCAUGUUCCAGGAUGUAUUGGACUGUGCCGACAUCACCAGUACUUUCAGUCUUUACUUGCUGAUUCAGAUAGUGCUUAAUCUCCUUGCAGCCAUUGUGGGCUUUGCAGUAUGCUUUGUGAUGUGGAAAGACAGGUACCAGAUCUUUUAUGUAGGCAUCCGAUUACACUCAUUAAUUGUCCCUGGAGGGCAACAACAGAAAGUAUAGGGGUUUAGGGAUUGGUAUUGACAAGAAAAAUAGGAUAUUGUCCUGCCACCACAAAUAGAUAACUGUUUAUAGAACUGAGGAGUAGAAGAGGAGAGGCAAUGAAACAUGCUUAAUCAAUAUAGUAGUUCAGAGAAAUUAAGAUAAAUAUAUUAUUAAUUUUUUUAAAAAAAUAUAACUAUUGCCAGGUCUCCUGUCACAUCCCCUUAAUGCUUCACAGAGAUAGGUAAUUUCACUCCUGUAUUUCUAGGUGGAUUAGGAACUGUAGGCCUUACUGGGAUGUGCAUAGGGAAGGCACAUUGAGGUGCAGAUGCCAUUGCGUUGCUUUCCUUGCAUAUUCCCAUCAACUUUGCAGUGCAGCUAGCAGUAGAUAUUUGCCUUUUCAAGGUACAGCUACAGGUGAUUUAUUCUAGCUCAUAAUUUCCUUCUUCAGUAGUGGUAGUUCAAGGGGGAAAACGUAACCUCAAUCUAGUGUAACAUGUGGACCAAGGGCAGCUAUCCCAGAUUAAGUGCAAAAAAAGUUAAGCCCCAUGUUUGUACAAACUGUUUCCUUCUAAAAUAUAUUUUUCACAUAAGUGCAUAUACAAACACAAUUUUUGUUCACAGAAUGGCAGAGAAUGUGGUCUAGUGUACCAUAGGAUUAGCAGCUUUCUUGCUCUUUCAUUUAUAGCUUUUCCAAAAACAUGUAUAUCUUCUGAGAUGGUUAGGGCAAACUGCAUGAUUAUGUACAAUGCUGGGUUUAUACUCAUCCCAUUAUGUUUUACCAGCAUGGUAUGUUGCCACACAGUCUGCCCACUCAAUCUGCAGCAUAGACAGAGGAUAUACUGAACUAUGCCACUGACUGUAAGAUAUAAACAAGUCUUAUUAUUAGGGGGGAAAAAAGGAAAGAGCUACAGAGUGAGCUUCUGGCCCUCUCUUAAGAACACUAUCUGUUCCCCAUACAUGCUUCCAUAAUGCAUCAGCAAAAGUAUGUCAUAUACUUGAUACAUUUAUUUCCUUCCCCUCAGUGCCUGAUCUUCAUGGUUUCAAUCACCUCUCCUUCUUCUUCCUUCUCAAGCAGCAGAAACAGCCUCUCCUGGGUUUUGACAGCUGCUAGGCAGUGGGAAGUUUUUAGAAGGAGUGCAAGAACAGGAAAAUAGCCCUCUGCAUCCCAUCAAAAAUGGGACAUAUGCAUGCUCAAGCUGCACAUAAGUAACUAACAGGAUUCCUACCCCUAUAUUUAAUGAGGAAAGCUACCAAAUUGCAGUCAGUGGUGGAGAUUCUGUUGGUGAACAACACUCACUGUUCCUGUUCCCCCUUUUCCCAGAUUGUGUGGAGGUGGUUAGGAAAGGAAGGUGAAAUCUAUCAGCUCUGAGCAUCCUAGUCUCCAAUGCCUUAUUUCUUUUGUGGCCACAGUGCCUGCAGCCUUUCCCCUCCUGCCACAACUGCCUGGUCUGGGAUAGUUAUAGUAAACCAACAGGCUUCUGGUCAGCAAGACUAAUACAGGGACCAUAAACCAUUCCCUUGGCAAGAAAGUUUGUUCAUGAAAGAGCUUCCAUCCUCAGUAGGGAUGGUUAGGCUUCCAGAUCACCAUAUGAGCUCCCCCUUGAAUGCACUUCUCCUUCAGUGUGUUGUGGAUUCAUCUGUCAGGGUACACACAAACGUCUGUUACAAGGGCUGUUUGAACUUUAUUUAUAGACGCAUAUCUUAAGGCUUGCAUUCUAAGGUAUGUGCGAAUGGUACUUAUGAAUGUUUUGACAAAUGUCUGCUUUUCCAACACUGAAUUCUAUGAGAUUAGAAAGAGACACCUUCCCUGGAAGGUAACUAACAGGAUUCUGAAAUGAAAGAGUCUAACUCCACUUCUCCUUAAUGCCUUCAGUCAUAAAGAGGCUCACAAAAUGUAUAAAGACAACCAUUCCUUGAUCAGAGGUCUUCUGGUGCUAAUGUCCUGCAGACAUCAGGGCUUUUAAAAAAUAUAACAGUGGCAGCAGAACCACAGUCUCAUCAUUUGACCAGGAACCAAGAUGGUGACCAUCUUGUAAAAGCCAUAAAAAUAGAGUUUUGCACAACUCAAGCACUGUGCAGUGGGAUGAAAGGCAAGCACUGGGAGAGACUGCUCUCUAUGGAAUACUGAGGAAACAGCUUUGCCACAACAGUGGUUGCCAGCAGUGAUGCCCACGCCUCCAGACUGUGCCUUCACACAAUCACCUUGUCAACCCUGUCCCACUCUGCGUGGGAAGCUCCUUGGCGCUGUGCCUGAAGACCAGAGUGCUGUAGCACUUGGGAAACUAUCCACAAUAAAAACUCCCCAUCAAGCACAGACACCUUUCGUUGUCUGCCAAAUGGUGUGAUAUUUCCUCAGAGCUUCUUAACAUUAUCUUUGCCAGAUUUGUUCCAAAAAAGCUACUAGGCUCUUUGUUCUAUAUUUAAUACUCUGACUGUCAGCUUCACCCUUCUCCCUUGAAAUGUUUCCACUCUCAGUCCUGCCUUCAUGCAUAUGUUUGGAAUGUGUUUUGAAAUAGUAGUGAAGGGUGUGGGUUGGGGGUGUGCAAGGGAGUCAAUGAGAAACAACAAUUGAGACCUACUGAAGCAUAAAGAUUGUUAACUGUCUGAAGAAAUGUGUUUAUGCCAUGUGCUUCUGUGUUUUCCCCUCCUUCUAACAAUGUCCACACCUUGUAAGAGUUCAGUGGGCCCAGUGCUCAAAUUAUUUCUAAAGCUAUAGAAUCUGCCCCACUUUCAGUCCCCUGUUCUUCUGACCCAUGACAGGAGGACACUUGCUUUCAAGGCAAUAGUCUUAAGAUCUGUUUUCCAGGCCACAUCGGGGUUUCUUAGAAAACUUAGCAAGGGUCAGUUUGUUCAUCACUGCUAACCAGCUGAGUACUAGUUGUUGCUCAAAAAAUGUAACAUGCCUCAGAAUUUUUCAUAGAACAUCUGUAGAACACAUGGAGCGGUUCUAUAGCAGAUAAAAGGAUGUGGAAAUGUUUGUACCUUUUCCUCAAAGAUGAAAACUUUGGAAACCACUGUAUUACUACAUUGGUUUCAGCUAGACAUUCCUGACCCAUAGUGAGGUUGUGUCCAGACCUCAAGUAAGGUGCCACAGUGGUAUUGUCACCUAUUUAAAAACUUGUUUUAAAAGUGAGUUGCAUCUGUCUGUCCAGUUGAAAAGACAAAAGGCAAAGUAUCACCUCAAAAGAAGGCAACUGUUGACUGGGAAGCACCACUGAUAUAAGCUUCUGCUUGUGAGGAAAAACUGGGCAUUUAUAGCUCACUUUGCCAUGGCAAAGGCAGCUAGAACCUGAUCAGUAAUGAUCCAGAAACUAGUGGUGGAUCACAUGUUUUGUGCAUGGAAGAUUCCAGAUAAGGCCAGGAAAGACUCCUACCUAAAACCCUGAAUAGUUAUGGAGACAAUACUGAGUUAGAUAGACCAGCGAUUAUCACAUGCCUGGGAUGGUAACAGCAUCAAAUAUUCAUGUGUUAACUAUUUCUGGUGCUGCCUUCUCUGAUAGACAGUCAGUCAGGAGUAGUGAACAUCUACUAGUGUGCAGCCUUCUCCAGCAUCUACUGCUACUAUAUGCAAGCUGAUAGUUGUGCUCUAUGAGACUCUGCAAUGAAAGGGAAGCAUUACAACCAAUGCCAUCUGUUGCAGGUUAGGAAUGAAAAGUGGAUACCAAUCCAGGAAACAUUGACAAUCCUUGUUGUUCUACAUUAUACAGCUGAGCUGGAAUUAGGUGUUCCAUUUGGGUACAAUUCAUAUUAGAUAGGCAACGUGCAUAUUGAACUUGCUUACAUUAUAGGGAGGACAUCCCAAGCUGCAUCAGACCAUUGGUGCAUCUAGUUUGCUUAGCUGCAGCCUGUUUAUUAGGGGGGAAAGUUUUAACAGAAAUGCUGGGAAUUGAAUCUGGGACCUUCCCCCAACCCCAGGGCAAACUACAGAGCUGUGGCCCCUCUUCAAAGGUACAAGCUCCUUUGGCCUUGCCAAACACAAAUUCUCUCAAGCUUCAAACCAACAACCAUAGUGACGCAACAGGAAAAAAGGUGUUUCCCGUAUUGCUGGGCCCUGUAAAUUGUCUAUUCAGUGUACUGGACCCAAGUAGGAUAGAUAUCACAGAGUCACUGCAAAUGGCACAGUCUUCAUGUGGCCCGAACUCCUGUGCAAUGUGGUAGCUUCCUGUUUGUAGGCAAUGGCCCUUAAAAUUUCCAGUUUAACAGUAAAAAGAUGAAUCUGUGCCAUGAUGGGACUUUCCUUUGCAGAUCUGAUCUUUUUUCCAAUAUUCAGUUAUGCAAUUCAGCCUACAAAAUACCUUACUACAGCAACAUAGGAAACACAUGUCCUAGGGAUUAUUCUUUCAGAUUGUUGGUUACUAUCUGUAUGUCAGAACCGAGAGAGAGAGAAGGCAAAUGGUCUCAUUUCAUAUCUGGCCCAGCAACUAGGAAGGAAAGAGCCCCAUAUAGCAAUCAUGACUCUGAAAUCUAUAUAGAACAUUGUAGGAGGAAUUAGAACAUGGAAAGGUUACCUUUCCAAGUUCUAAUUCUCAUGAUUCCUUGAUAGCCUGGCCAAUGUGGCCCAAGUAGUAGCUUUUCUGAGAUGUGGAGUAAGCCCUGAGGAAAUUGCUUCUAUACUGUUGUACUGCUGUGUGAAGUGGGCCUGCAUUAUAUAUUCAUUGGCAACUGUGUGAUAUCUAUCUAUUCAGGGCUUGCUUUCUGUUUCCCUGAGAUGAAUUUUUACCCACUUCUACUCACAACAAAUCAGUAUUUAUUAAAAACUGACACGUGCAACAAACUACAUACAAAAUACUUUAUUCUGAGCAAAUUUAAUGUAUAAUCCAUUUAUUAUUACAGUAUAUAUUCUCAAUUCUGUGGUAACUAUUAGCAGAAAACGUGCAAAAUCUAUACUGUAGCAGCUGUUUUAAAACUAUGUAUGCUUUUCAUGCCACUGGGUCAAAAGAUAUAUAAGAUGCUUCAAAUAAUUAUUUUUAAAUCUU